AUGAAGCUCUGUGUGACCGUCCUCUCUCUCCUCGUGCUCGCGGCUGCCUUCUGCUCUCCAGCGCUCUCAGCACCAAUGGGUUCCGACCCUCCUACCUCCUGCUGCUUCUCCUACAUCCAGCGGAAAGUUCCUUGGAACUUUGUGGAGGAUUACUACGAGACCAGCAGCCUUUGCUCCCAGCCCGCUGUGGUAUUUCAAACCAAAAAGGGGAAACAGAUCUGCGCCAACCCCAGUGAGUCCUGGGUCCAGGAGUACAUUAAUGACCUGGAACUGAACUGA